GUAGGGAAAGACAGGGAAGGGCGUUCCUGGCAGCAGGAACACGUGUGCAGAGGUGUGACGGGGCAGGGCUUGGGGGAGAACAGGGCACAGGCUGCCCAGUGCUUGGCCCCUGCUGAACGGGGAAACUGGGUCUGUGUCUCCGCAGGUUCCGUCUACGAGAUCUGCGGGAAUGAGUGCUGCCUCUCCACGGGGGACCUGGUCAAGGUCACCCAGGUUCGCCUCCAGAAGGUUGUCUGUGAGAACCCGAGCACGGGCCAGACCAUAGAGCUGGACCCCAACUUCAAGGGCCUCUUCAGCCCCCUCACCGGCCCCCAGAGCUAUGGAACCCUGGAGGAACUGAUCUCUGCUAUCAACCGGAGCUCCAAGCAGCUGCCCAUCUGGUUCAUGUCGACCCACAGAAUUGACACAAAGGCCAUGGUGGUGCCUGAGGAGCAGCCCCUCAUGCUGGAGUCUGUGGAAAUGUACCUCGGGGUCUGCUCCGCCCGCUGUGUGCUGGGCACGGAGACCCAGGUGACGGUGCUGCACCUGCCCCUGUCCACGAAGGGGCCCUUCUGGGAACUGGAGACUGGUGCCCCUCGGCCCCUGCUGCAGGCCCUGGCCCUGAGGGACCGCCAGCUCACCUGCCCUGCCUUCCCCUGGCGCUCCUUGAUCCUGAGGCCCCAGUAUGAUAUCCUAGCCAUCAUGCACAUGCGCAGGACCAUCGUCAACAUCCCUUCCACCCUGGAGGUCGACGUGGAGGAUGUCACUGCCUCCUCUGAACACUUCCACUUCAUCCAACCGCUGCUGCUGAGUGAGGUCCUGGCCCGGGGAGGCCCCUUCCCCCUGAACACAGAGAUCCUGGAAGUUCCAGACGGGCCCCCCAUCUUCCUCAGCCCUUGGGUGGGCUCCUUGCGGAAAGGCCAGAGGCUCUGCAUCUAUGGCCUGGCUUCGCCACCCUGGCGGGUCCUAGCCUCAUCCAAGGGCCGAAAGAUGCCCAGGUACUUCCUGGUCUCUGGCGCCUACCAGGGUAAACUGCGGCGACGGCCAAGAGAGUUCUCCACGGCCUAUGACAUCCUGAGCGCUCUCCAGCCGGGCCAGCCACUGCGGGUGGUGGCCAUGCAGGACUGUGAGGGGGAUGAGAUAGAGAUCCCUGGGUUCACUUCCCUGACUAUGGGAGACAGGUUGGAGGUGGUGGGGUCUGGUCAGGCCCUCGACGCUCAGGGCGGGGACGUAGACAUCUUGGUGUGUCAUCAGCUCAGUGACCAGGCUGAGGAGGAAGAGUGUGAAGAGGAGGCAGAGAACCAAGAACAGAUUCUGCUGCCGCUCUACUUCUCUGGCGGCUUCGUGGAGGAGAUGAGUGAUAGCCGGCGAUACAGCCUGGCAGAUCUGACUGCCCAGUUCCCACUGCCCUGUGAGGUCAAGGUGGUGACCAAGGACACCAGCCACCCUGCUGACCCUCUGUCCUUCUUCCCGGGCCUGCGGCUGGAGGAGAAGAUCAUGGAACCCUUCUUGGUGGUCAGCCUGGACUCUGAGCCUGGAGUGUCCUUCGAGAUUCCUCCCCGGUGGCUGGACCUGACUGUUGUGGAGGACGAGAAGCAGCCAGGCCAGCCAGCUGGGUCUCUCCCCAUAAUCACAGUGGAGGAGCUGACAGAUGUCUUCUAUUAUCACCUGCGGAAGUUACCUGCCUUUGAGAGCCAAUCCCCCCCACCCAGGCCCCCGAAGCGCCAGAACCUCAGUGGGCAGAAGAAACAGAGCAGCCAGGAGAGAAGCAUCAAGUCUUCUAAAGCCCUAGCACAGCAGCCACCCCCUCUGUUGCCCAAACUCAAGAUGAAAACCCUGCCAGCGGUCAUAGAUGGCAUAUCAAAUACCUACAGCAAGAUCUCUGCCAAUAAGAAGGGCCUGAAGCCCACUCAGUCCAACAUUCUGGAUCCAGAUGACGAAGACCACGAUUAUGAAGAGGUAGUUGAGCACUUUCGGAAAACCCUCUAGAUGCCGGAGGAACCAUGCUUCCUGACUGCUGCUUCUCAGGGAAUCCGGGAUCCCAGCCAAUGCUACACGCCGUUAGAAGACCUUGGACAGUCUCACAGAAACCGAACCGCGGACAGGGAAUGGCUUUGUGGGACGGAUCAGAAAUGGGAUGGACACAGUCCCAGCUUCCCUCGGGUUCUCUGAGAGCUGGCUUGUUUGGGCCCAGCCCCUACACUUGACUCAGUGUCGGUGUCCAGAAGAGCCAACUCGUUUCUACU